CCUAGCAACAGUUGCUAAGUAAGUUAACAAUUUAAUGCUAGAGUCUGGAAGAGAGCCACUGCUUAAAUCUUCCCAAAUCCAGUGCCCAUACCUUAUAUGACAAAGGCUUUCGGUACCAUUCUUUGCCAUUAGGCACACAACUACUAACUAAUCAUGGCGAAUCAUUUCAUUCUUACCAGCUUCUAACAUUGUCCUAAAACCUUGAACCUCUUCCAGCUUUCUUAAACUUCUAGCUUUUCUUAAAACUUUUUUUCAUAUUAUAAGAGCACUUUAACUGCACAUAGUAAAAGACAUCUAAAAUUUAAUUAUGAUCAGAAAUCCAAAUUACACAAGCUUUGUUUGCUGUGCUGUUUGUAAUAAAAUAAUUCCACCAGCCCCUUUUGGGGAAACCUUCAAACGGAUCCAUGAAUACAAGCCAUUUAAGACACGCUUUUACACCCACAAAGAUAUACUGGAUAUUGGGGCAGAUAUUCUGAACAAAGAAGAGCAAUUUCAAGAGGCAGUAUUCAAAGAGCGUAUUGCAAAAGCAGAAGCUGACAUAUGGGUUCAGGCUGAUGAACGUCAAAAACAAGCAGUCGAGAAAGCACUUGAAGAAACAAAUGACCAACACAAAAUUAAUAUUCAGAUUCUGGAAGAGGCACACCAAAAAGAUUUACAGGAAAUGGCAGCCAAAACCAAGAUAGAGGUGCACCAAAACAUGGAAGAUGAACUUCAGAGAGAACACUUGGCUGCGGAACAACGCAUGGUGCAUAGAAUCCAGAGGAUUAUGAUGGAGUGUCACAGGGAGAAGGUCCAGGCUGUGGAGAAGGCCAGGGCUGAAGAGAGGCAGAUGGCCCAAGAAGCAAUCCAGGCCCAGAAAAGAAUAGCCAUGGAGGAAAUUUUGAAUACUGGUAUAACAGCUAUGAAGGAUCAGAGCAGGAGUGUGAGUCAAAUGAUAAAAGAAAAACAACAUGAAAUGAACGUUUACUAUUGCAUGGCUCAGAGGCAGAAGCAAGAAGAGGUCCAGGAAGUGCUUCAAGAAGCAGAGAAGACACAUCAGGCCACGCUUGGAAAUGUGAUGGAUAAACUGGUUAACACUCAGGGGGAGCUGCUGUCCAUAGCAAAACAACUAGGCAUUAUGACAAAUUGGAAAGAUUUCCUGGAGGAGGAAUUACAGGAAACAAGGGAAGCAUUUCAAAAAUACAUCAAUUACACAUUUCCUAAACUUUCGCCAGGACAUGCAGAUUUUAUUCUGCCAGAAAGAAAGAAAACACCUUCCAGUCUUGUUAUUCAAGAGGAAGAAACAACUCUCGAUUAGAAGUCUUUGACUGAAAUUUCACUACAAAAGUCAGUUUUCCAAAGACUAAAUAAAUCAACUCAAAAACCAUUUCUUGAUCCCCAGUUAUAUGUACUAUUGGGCUGCAGGCAUUUUGAUGGAAAACCAAAAUAUUCAAAAAGCACAUUCCAGGCUACAUUGAGUUUUAAGUCUAUUUGAGGAGAGAAAACAGUGAGAGGGAUCAAAACUAAUUAGGAGGGGAAAAGGUUUCUUGGCAGAAGCCCAGACAAACUUCUCGAACUGGCUUUGUUCAUGUCUACAUCAGACAUGUAACUAUUUUUGUGUUUGUUGCAGUUGAAAACAAGUAAAGGGACAUGUUUUUAGAUUGUUCCCAUUGUGGAGAUGUGUGCUAAUUUCCGGUAAAGAUUAUUAUUUUGUGAAGUGCAGUAGCAUUGUAGGAAAAAAACAAUUUUCUUCAAAUUCAGUAGGAUAAAACUUAAAUUCUGAGAACCCUAUAUAAACUAAUUCAGAGAGGACUCGUUUAUAUUGGCCAGUUGUGAAAGAAAAAAAAUAUGUCUUUAGAGGGCACUCUCCUGCUUCAGGGAUAGGGAGUCUUCUUGUGUUUAUGCUCCAGCCCAGGAGCGCUCUGAACCCACCUUCUUCGGGGGAAAAAUGCAGAAGACUGUUAAGUACCACAGUGCUCAGCACCAACACAUGUCAGCAUCUACUAAACUAAAAUGAAAGAAAGCCCCCGCCAAAAAUACUUCAAAAAUCUAUCCACCCUAACGUAACAUCCUUAAAUUAUUCAUCACCAGCUUGUGUUUGUGGCUUUAAAAUAAAAACCUGGACAGCACUUUUCAGUAAAUUAAAAAGUACUGUUCUUGAGCAAGCCUUAAGUUGAUUUGCUUACAUUGGCCAUUUUUCAAUUUCCUAAUGAUAAAAGUACAAUUUGUUUACAAUUGUAAAAGGACUACACUCUCCUCAGUAUUUAGCUUCCUGAUACUGCAGGACUGCAGCAAUCCCUGUUGAU